GGGCGAAGCAAGGAUUGGAGUCCAGAGGCGGAGCCUCAAGUCGUGGGCGCCGGACCGGCCGCAGUCCUCCACUGUGCUGGAGAUGGAGUCGAUGACCGCCCCUCCCGACAACGCGGAGCGGCUGGGGGCCCCGGCGGGCUCGGGUCUGUCGGCUUCCCAGCGUCGGGCCGAGCUGCGGCGGAGGAAACUGCUGAUGAACUCGGAGCAGCGCAUCAACCGAAUCAUGGGCUUCCACAGGCCCGCGGAAGAAGAAAGUCAAAUAAAUUCCAAGUCACAGGACAGCGAUAAACUCAGCUCCCUCAACAUUCCUUCUGUUUCCAAGCGGGUAGUGCUGGGUGAUUCGGUGAGUACAGGCACUCCAGAGCAGCAGAGUGGAGUGGCCGAGAUGAUGGGAACUCCACUGGGAGACAAACUGGAUUCGUUGAUGAAAUCUCCUGAGUGCAGUAAUGACAUCAACCUGGAACUCCGGCAGCGCAGCAGAGGGGAACUGACAGCUGAUGCUGGCCAGAGGGCUUCUCGCCAUGGCCUCGAACAGUAUCUCUCCAGAUUUGAAGAAGCAAUGAAACUAAGGAAACAGCUGAUCAGUGAAAAACCCAGUCAAGAGGAUGGGAAUGCAUCAGAAGAAUUUGACUCUUUUCGAAUAUUUAGAUUGGUGGGAUGUGCUCUUCUUGCCCUCGCAGUCAGAGCCUUUGUCUGCAAAUAUUUGUCCAUCUUUGCUCCAUUUCUUACAUUACAACUUGCGUACAUGGGACUAUACAAAUAUUUUCCCAAGGGUGAAAAGAAGGUAAAGACAACGGUACUCACAGCUGCACUGCUGUUAUCUGGAAUUCCUGCCGAAGUGAUCAAUCGCUCAAUGGAUACAUAUAGCAAAAUGGGCGAAGUUUUCACAGAUCUCUGUGUCUACUUUUUCACUUUUAUCUUUUGUCACGAACUGCUUGAUUAUUGGGGCUCAGAGGUGCCAUGAUGCCUGCAGAAUUCCGAAGCAGCUAACAGGGCGGGGAUAAGGCUCAGUGUGGAGCAUUUGCCUUUCCUCUGUGAGGCCCCACGCUUCAUCCCUGGCACUGCCAAAAAUAAAAGCAACAGAAGAAACCUACUAAAAACCCCCGUCUUUUUCUGAAGUGUCUCUAAAGGAGGCAGAUCGGUUUACACCUUCAUAUUUAAACCUUUACUUAAUAGAAGUUGUAAAACGACUUGAUCAAUGGCAGGUUCCCUGAUUUAGGAGGGUUCAUCUGUAUUGAUGCCAGUGCCAUUAAUUGAGCUUUUUCUUGUUUAGUUAGCCCGCUUGACCUUUCAUACUUCCUUCAAUUUGUAAUUCUUCUUAGGGGCUGAGCUUGUACAUUUAAGGAGAGCAGAUGAGCAUGGUCUCAGCCAUUAAGGAGAGCAUCUUGGAUUUGUGUUGUUUUAUGCUAAGAAAUUGAGCCAUCUUAUGAUGAGAAAAAUUUGUACAUAAACAAGUGUGCACAUUCUAACUUAUAAGGGCUGACCAAGAUAGGCAAAUUUUUUUCCUUUUCUUAAUUUUUACUGUAGUUGAAGUAUUUAAUGAAAAAAUGAUUAAUAUUUGUUUAUGUGAAAUUAGAGAAUCUAUAUUGAAAUCUUUAUUUUUUGUU